AUGUCAAGAUCGUUUAAAACAAAUGCCAAUCUACAUACAAACGAAAGUAAUUCCAGCUCAGUUCUUGGAAAUGUAAUAAAAUUUGCAAGGCAAGUCAGGAAUGGCUUGUCACAAACUGGUCCCCAAAUUCAAGAGCGACCAAACAUUGUUGGAGGUGCUCCCGAUCGGUCAUUUCACAAUGUUCUUGAAAAACUUGGGCCUUUAAACAAUGCCCCUGACCGUAUAACUGCCGCUGAAGAAAUCAGUAAAUCAAUCACAGAUUACUCUGUUUCUUCUAUACAAGAAAUUUGGGAAAGUGCACGAGAUAUGCUUUCAUUAACUAAUUCACCAGAGUGCAGAAGGGCUGGUCUUAAACUAAUGAUUGCUUGUAUUAGACAAACUCCAGAUGAUACCGAUGUCAGACUAAUUAACUCUAGCUUUUAUAACGAUAUUGUUAAUUCAUGCAACCUUCAAGACUUUGAACUCCAACUUGAAGCAAUGAUGUAUUUAACACAUAACGGUACUGUGGUUGAAGACUUUUUUAAAUCGAAGGAAUCAUUACCGAAGGUUUUAGAUAGUUGGUUUCGCAUUCUUUCAGAAGAAACUCAAAAGAUUCGAGAAAAAGUCAACACCGAUAGCACCAAGCUUUGGGGUGCAUCUACAGAAGAAAAUUUUCAUCAAUUUGUGCGGUUCACAAUAAUGAUUUAUCAAAAUAACCCUUUUUUAUUUUCCACCAGCAAUACAAUAGAUUUGCUUGAUCGUGUCAACAAAACGUGCCAGUCAACAUCUAGUGAACAGGAUAUUUUGGUCUGUCUGGAUUUAGUUUUGACAAUUCAGGAGAGCUCUUACAUCCCGUUGAAAUCACUCCUAGGUUUAUCAGAGACAUUAUGUGGUAUUAUUGCCUGUGCUACUACAAUCAAUUUAAGCCGAGAAAGAGCUUGGAAAAUUAUUGAAGCAAUAUAUAAUGGACCACUUGCUAUCAAUAUGUUCAAUCAUUUUGUUCAAUUUGUCGAAAACCGUACAGUAAAAACUACUAUGAAUACCCGUCAAGGUGCCACCAUUGCUCUUCGGCAUAUUGUGGAAUUGUCUGUUCAAACAAGUCGUGAAUUUGAAUUUCCUCUUUAUGAAGUCUUGAUUGCAUACCGAGCAUCGAUAGAUGCUGAAAGUAUGAGACAAAAUUUGGAGGUAAUUACAUGCUUAUUUGAUUUAAUGUCAAACGAUUCUUUACGUGAUAAGGUUUUUACCUUCGAGAUUUGGACUUCCCCAAAACUUUCUCCAUUUGAAAUUUUUUAUUCAGUUGCUCAUAGUAGACCAAUGCAACGCAAUAUUUUCCCACAAUCAAAUUAUUCUGACAGGCAAAGUUUCACUGAUAGAGAAAGCCUAUUGAAUAGAUCAGAAUCGAAAAUGACACGACAAAACCGGGCUUAUGACAAAUUCAAAGAAAUUUUUGAUUACCUAGCCGAUAUUUUUGAAACUAACAGGUUUAAGGGUCCCAGAGAAAUAAUCGUCAAUUUUUUGGCUGAUAUGGUUGAUCUUAUAAAUGGUCGCUGUGCCGUUUUAGUUAUCAACCACUUUCGUGAAUUCAGCUGUUGUCAUCCGUUUACUGAACACUGGAGAAAUAAUAUUAGAAUAUUGUUAAAUGGCUUUUAUUUUGAUCGUUCAUGGAGCUCUGAAAUUAGAAUAUUAGCACUUGAUCUAUUAUGCGAUAUCUUUAAAAUUGCUAGAGAUAUUUGCGACACAGAAACUCAGCAUACUUUGAUAGAGAACAUAUUUAAAGUAUCUGACUUUGAAGGAGACAUUACUGUAUUUAGUUCUUUAGUUGAUAAGUUUGUGGAUCUUGCCGAAGAAGCUUCACCGGAAUCUAUGGAUAUUGCUUCAAAAUUUCUUUUAAAUGUUUUUUCUUUUUCAACAGAUGAUACCAGUCAGACUCGAAGGAAAAGCAUAACGUCACUUGGUUCAUCCUAUGCAAAUGAAAAAAUGUCAAUGACAAGUGCAAACAGUGUUCCAAAUAAUAAUGCAUCUCCACAAUUUCCUACUGUAUCUGAUAAUAUUCGUGGUGAAAUUUCUACUCUGCAAUCUCAGGAGUUACUUGAAAGCUAUCGGCCUAUAGUUGCAGUUGGAUUUUGCAAAGCAUUUCUUUCUGUCUUUCAAUAUUCAUCUAUAAAAUCUCGGAGAGUUUAUUACAAUCUUAUUACCAUUUGCCAGAAAUCUUUAUUAAGCAAUGACCCUGCUUCUUUCCUUGAAGUAGCUCGGCUUCUCUGUCGCAUCAGAUCUACAACGGAAGGAUAUAUUUACUUAAGCACACCAACUAACAUGGAUGGUUUGUCUGCUAGUGUUGGCCGAAACACUAUUUUGAAUCCUAAAGCAGAAAAGUCAACAAUGAUGUGGUGGUACCCAGAAACUCCUUCAUAUAUUUCAGAAUUUCAUUUAAACAAGCCUUCUUCUACAUUGAAGCGUCAUAGUGAUGAAACUUUUGAAAUCCAACGACUUAAAGCUAAUGAAUAUGAGAUUGACAUUUCUUUGUGGUUUAAUGAAAUAAUUGGAAUUAUUGAGAAUGGGGCUCAUUGGGAAAUAUAUUCAUUUGUGUGGGCCCAUUUUGGUCCUCAGCUCUCAAAUUUAGAACUGUUUAGAACUUCAGGUAGUGACAUCCACCGGCUUCGGAAAAUUGUUUGUGAUCAGCUCAUAAACAACAAACUUCCUAGUGUUACAUAUCCUAAAGAUAUUACCAAAUUUGACCUAUUAAUUUCUUUAGUUCGAACUAUUUCAUCGUUAAUUGGAUAUCAUGAUAUGUUCACAAAGCAAGAUGGCGAAGAAAUUGUGAAAUGCUUGGUUAGUGGUUUAUCAUCUUGGGAGCAAACAGCUGUUUCAUGCAUUCAUGCAUUGGUUGUUUGCUGUCACGAACUUCCUCUUCCAAUAAAAAAAUAUCUUGGGCAGAUAUUCACAAAAUUUCAAUCAAAAAUUUCAAAUACCAACACCAGUCCACAUAUAUUAGAGUUUUUAUUAUCACUUUCUCGUCUCCCAACACUUGUCGAUAAUUUUACCCAGGAUGAAUACAAAAGAGUUUUUGGCAUGGCUUUCCAAUAUAUUCGAGAUGCUUACACACUGUCUCAGCAAGCUGAAUCAGCAAACAACAGUGAUCCAAGAUCGCUAAGUCCUGUUUCUAGUCCAAUUGGUGGUCCUGUUUUAGCACCAACUAUAACAAAUAAUAAGCAACUUUCUGUGUACUUAUUGUCACUUGCCUAUAACGUUGUUGCGACAUGGUUUUUGACUCUUAGAAUCACCAACAGAAAAUACCUUGCUAAAUUUAUAAUUCGUAAUCUUAUUUUAGCUGCGGGAACCAAAAAGGAUAUUGAUCCUCAAGGGAUGGCAUACAUUGAUCUAAUAUCUCGAUUUACUUAUUCCGACCUUGAUCUCACAAUUCAAACAACAAUUUCAUUACCAUCAUUAGAAGAAUCAUCAAACAGAAAGGCUAAACAAUGGAUUUAUGGUAAUAGCAUUGUUUCGAUUGAUACAGAUGAACAAACGGGUGACACGUACAUCGUGAUAAGGAGACCAACUGGAACAACUAUGCUUACUUUAAAACCAGACGAGAAAAUAAUUCCCAGCUGGCUGGAGGAGGCUGUAUUAAAAAGAAAUGACAAAAAUCUCAACAUAGAUAGAAUAGCCGAUGAUAUACCCAUUGCUUUCACUCCGAAUUACUUUUUUCUUCAAGUUAUGUAUCCAACAGAUGUAACCACAUCUCUCAAACCUCUACAACUACCUAACGACGCAACUACUUCGCGUGCUAUUAGCUCUUUUGAUAGAACUCCCGUGGUUGAUUUUCAUAAAAUAGGUAUUUUAUACAUUGGUCCUAACCAACAAGAAGAGAAAGUAAUUCUCAGUAAUUCUGUUGGAUCCCCAAGCUAUCGUCGAUUUUUAGAAAGUCUUGGAAAACUUGUUCGACUAAAGGACAACAAAAAAGUUUAUACAGGAGGAUUGGACACAACAAAUGACAUCGAUGGAGAAUAUGCUUAUGUUUGGGCUGACAAAGUUACACAAAUGAUAUUUCAUAUUACUACACUAAUGCCGGCACCAGCUAAUCCUUUAGACACCAGCUGUUCAAGCAAAAAAAGACAUAUCGGUAAUGAUUUUGUCAAUAUCUAUUUUGAUGAAUCUGAGCUCCCAUUCAAAUUCGACAUCAUUAAAAGUCAGUUCAACUUUAUUAACAUUGUUAUUACUCCUGUAUCAGUGAAUUUCUCUAAGCACAAGGUUUUCACAAGAUCAGAUGAAACCCCCGUGUCACCAAGGCUUCAGCCAUCUCGACCUCGUCCGGGCGAAGAGCAUGCUGUCAAAACAAAGGUUUAUUAUAAGGUCAGAGCCUAUUGCAAGCCUGGAGUCCCAGCAAACUUUGCAGCUUGUCAUCUGAAAAUUGUAUCAGAAGAAUCUCUUGCCGGAUUUGUCCGUAAUUUAGCGCUAAUCUCUUCUAAGUUUGCUACAGUAUGGAACAAUGCUGGAGAAUAUCGAUCAAACUGGCAGUACAGAUUGGAACAAAUCAACACUCUCAGAGACAAAGUUAUUAAUGAUCUUAAUAAAUCGACACAUAAUCAGCCUGCACAAGCGAACAACAAAGGUCACCAAAGAGGUGAAUCCAUUGAUAAUAAAGAUGUUGAAGUUGGACAAUCUUUUUUGGAUCAACUCACAGCUGGAGGAUCCGGAUUUGGUGGAUUGGGUGGAAUUAGCGAGGGUGGAGAGUCAAUAGAUAAGCGAGAUUCCAAUGGCCAAUUUACAAUGGAAGCUCAAGAAGGAGAUGAUUUUCAACUAUUAAAAUCUUUAGAUUUUACUUCAUUUACAUCAUAA